AUGAGUAAUACCUUAGAAGAACGUCUAAAAGAACAUUCAACAGCCUUCGAUGGGCUUUUGUCCUUGAUACCUGCCAAAUACUUUUAUGAUGAUGCCACACAGGAUCAGUGGCAACAAAAGAAAAAGUCCAAGGAAGAGAAGAACCAGAAUAAGCGAGCAAAAUUCAAUCCGAAUUCAAAGAGUACAGCUGAUGAAACUAAUAAUGCACAUGCCAGUGCCAAAGAUGUGAUGGAAAAUCGAUCCAAGCGUGUCCAGCAACAAAGCAAUGGGCAAAGUGGGCAAAAUGAGCGACGCAAAUCUUUGCAUAGAAUAGAGAGUAAAGAAGAAGAGGAAGAGGAUGUUGAGAAUGUUGGGAAUGAAGAAAAUGAUGAUGAUGAAGAAAAUGAGUCUGGAGAUGUAGAUGUCGAAGAGGAUAGCGUUGAAGAAGAUGAUCAUGAUGAUCAUGAUAAUGACGAAAAUUUGAUGAAUAACGACGAGCAGAUGAUAUUUGAUGAUGACGGGAAUGAAAUUGCGAAUGAGAGCUACGCAAAACAAGGGCUUCGAAAUAAUGCUGCUGCCGGCGCUGCUGGAAAAUCCAAAUCACGACUGUUGACACCGGAGGAGCAAGAAGCAAAGCAGAAGAAAUUGAAUGAGUUGAGGGAAAGAUUGGAAUCGAAAAUCAAUAGCUUGCGAGAAAAAAGGAAGGCUGUUGGUACAAAAACACAAGGCGCCCCACAAUCUAGAGAACAAAUUUUGGCAGAGCGAAAGAGGAAAGUGGAAUUGUCCAAGCAACAAAAACGUAAAUUGGAAGAAAUGGAGGAUGACGAGAAUAAUUCUGACAACUCGGACUUUUCAGAUAUCAAUGACGACGAUGAUGGAGAAGGCGAAAAAAAUGGCGCUAAUGCUCAUUCUGUAAUGUUUGGAAACAUUGCAUUUCAAGAUGGGUCACAAGUAACCUCGGACUUGACCAAUCUUCGAAGAUCUGCUGAUAAGAAGAAGCAAAAAGGACCUGCCAACAAUGACAUCAAGGCCCAUUUGAAAAAAUUGGAAAAGAAGAAAUUAAAGUUGGCGUCAAUGACACCAGAGGAGCGAGAACAACAGGAUAAGAAGGAUAAGUGGCAAAGGGUGCUUAACCAGGCUGAAGGUAUUAAGGUCAAGGAUGAUGAGAAACUUUUGAAGAAAGCAUUAAAGAGAAAGGAGAAAAAGAAACUAAAGAGUGAAAUUGAAUGGAGAGACAGAAAACAAGUAGUUAAGGACACAGUUGCAGCCAGAGCUAAAAGAAGAGAAGAGAAUUUGAAAGCACGUAAAGAGAGCAAAGGUCUUAAAGGACACAAGAAAAAGAAUCAACCAAAAUUGCGCAAGUUCUCUGGUGUUGUUAAUAAGAAAGCGGCACUGGGCAAAAAAAGAGCUGGAUUCGAGGGAAGUGUCAAGUCCAAGCCAAAAACCAAAAAAUAG